AGACGUUCGAAGGCUCUGGCCAUUUCCAGCCAUGCGACGAAGCCCACGGCUGCUGACGCUUGGCCCGCUUGGCCUCAUUGCACUGUGCCUAGUGGCACCCUGCUUCGUGGGCCUUGCCCCUCCACGCGUGGGCGGUGCACAUGUGGGUGUUGCACUCGGGUGCAAUGCCAGGACACCAGUGGUACGACAGGCGUUCUCUGCCGCAGCUCCAGCGAUUCCACUGGUGGGAGCCGUGCUGGUCUUCUUCGGAUUUCAGGCCUUGAACACGGAGGCCAGCGAUGGUGCUUUGAAAGAGCUCUUGCAAAAAUACACCAAGAUCCAAAUCAUCAAUGUGACCCCUGACACCGAUUUGAGCGAUGUGGCAAGUGGUGUCACCCAUCGUCCAGUGCUGCGAGGGAAAACAGCCAAGGACGUGCAUUGGUAUGCUCGAAGUGAAAAGGAGCUGCCGCCGGUGAAGUGGUACAUUCGAGAUGAGUCUGUCCUUCGCCGCGUCUUGUUCGAGGGCGGCUUGGGACUGGGUGAGUCGUACAUGGAUGGCCACUGGGACAGCGAUGACGUGGAGCGCUUGGUCUACGAACUGCUUCGGAUUGAAGAUCAAACCAAGGAGUUGGGCGCCAGAGAGCUUCCACUGAUUGCGAAUAUCAUUUUGGGAGCUCUCAGAGGCAAGCUUCUGGAGUUGCCGGGGAACACCGUGCAGGGCGCGCAGGAGAACAUUGGCCGGACCUACGAUGUGGACACCAUCAAGAUCUACGAGCAGAUGCUGGAUAGCAACAUGCAGUAUUCCGUGGGCUACUUCUACCAGCCGGACAUGACCUUAGAUGACGCCCAGCUGGCCAAGAUGGAGCUCAUUGGGAAGAAGUUGGCCUUGAAGCCAGGCAUGAAGCUUUUGGAAAUUGGGUUCGGCUUUGGGAGCUUGGCGCAUUUCUUGGCGACCAAGUAUGAUGUUCACAUCACGGCAGUGACCCUGUCCAAGGCCCAAAUGGAGUGGGCGAAGGAACACUAUGGUCAUCCAAACAUUGACUUCCAGUAUGCCGACUACCGCGAUGCCCCAGAAGGUCAAUACGACCGUGUUUACUCCGUGGGCAUGUUCGAACACGUUGGCCGGAAGUCUUUCGCCACAUACUUCGACAAAGUGUAUAACUGCUUAAAGGAUGACGGCAUUUUUUUGUUGCACACUCUGGGCUGGGCCAAGCGUGGCGAGUGGAAUCACAAUGCCUUUGUGGGAAAAUACAUUUUCCCGGGUGGGGAGCUCCCAACCCUGUACUUGUUGACCGAAGAGUUUUCGGACCAGUGGCAUCUCGAGGACUUCCAGAGUCUGGGGAAGUGCUACGUCCAGACCCUUCGGAGCUGGCUGAACAACUUGAAGACCUGGGAGGGCAUGGAUGAGUUCGACACCAGGUUCAAACGGAUGUGGGAAUAUUACCUCUCUUGCUGCGCUGCGGCGUUUGAAAAGCGGAGGACCAAAGUUUGGCAAAUGGUUUGGACCAAACAGCUCAGUACCAGGUUGGAGGAUUGCAAUCACAUCCGCCUGGUGGAUGGAAAACCACGUUGAACUGAACUCGACUUCCCAACUGCCUGUGCUCAACACCAUGGCCACCAACUUGGCUGCGUUGCCAAACGUUGUGGCAAUAGAAACGGGUACCAGCUCGCUUGAUGCAAGAGCCGUGGCCUGGGGUAGUUCGACAGAAAGAAGCUUAGGGCUUAGGGCCAAAGUGCCCGAUCGACCAGCUGCUUUCAGGGCGCGCCACAACCUCGCUGCGGCUGACGACCUCCCAACGAUCCCCGCGAGUUGAGCUGUCCCA